UACCGCGAUGGGUGACGAAGACUCGGUCGACUGGGGCGACUCGGACAAAGAGUGCGAUCUUGACGUCAACGGCAGCAGCUCCGUGCACCCCGAGGCGGCCUCGGCGGUGGCCCCGAAGGAGGCCGAGGGGCGCAGGGAUGUGGCCUCAGAUCCCGCCGCGGCGCCCUCCUCGCCGCCUCUCCGUGAAGAGCGCGCACCGAAGCCCAAGAAGGCACCACGGCCUCUCCGCCGCGCGGCCGACGAAGGCGCCGCCGGCGAGGGCGGUGGUGGCCCCUCGACGCCAGCGCCGGCCCCGCAGCCUCCGGGCCUCCCGCCCCGCGGCCCUUCAGCCCAGCAGCCUCCAGAGGCAGACGCCGACGAGGCCGAGCGCAAGGGGAAGCGCGCC